GUUUUUAGUUAUUUUCCACAACGCAGCCGGCAGUCCCCAGGUGUGUGUGAGAGUGAGUGAGUGUGCUCCUACCUGGCACUUUCUGGCACUGAGAGAAGGAAGCCAGGAUGACGGGGCGGAGCAGCAAGGAUGGCACGGGCUCUUGGCAGGGCUUCGACGAGGGCCUCGAGGAGUACAAGGAGAACAUGCUCAAGGACGAGUGGUGGUCCAAGUGCGCGAAGGACAACCCCGACGCCGCGAAGCACCAGCGCCGCCGCGCCCGCCGCCAGCAGAAGAAGAAGCUGCAGGAGCAGGACCGCGACGCCCUCAUGAAGAGCAUCCCGGGCAUGGCGUCCAUCCUGCCGGCGCGCUCCGGCCAGCUGCCCCCGGUGGGCGCCGAGCUGGACGCGCCGCUCACCAAGACGCAGAAGCGGCGGAGGAGGAAGAAGAAGGCCAAGGCGGAGAAGGCCGCCGCCGAGGCCGCCGAGGGGGGCGCCAAGCCCGACGCGCCCGCCGAGGGGAAGGCCGCCAAGGCCGCUCCCGCGCCCAAGGCUGAGGCCAAGGCUGCCAAGCCCGAGGCGCCGAAGCCUGCUCCCGCUAAGCCCGAGGCCCCGAAGCCUGCAGAAGCCAAGAAGGCAGCUCCAGCCAAGCCCGAGGCGCCCAAACCAGCCGAUGCCAAGCAGGCAGCCCCUGCUAAGCCUGAGGCACCAAAGCCUGCUGAAGCCAAGAAGGCAGCCCCUCCUAAACCUGAGGCUGCUAAGCCCGAGGCACCAAAACCAGCAGAAGCUAAGCCAGCAGAAGCUAAGCCUACUGAAGCUAAGCCUGCUGAAGCCAAGCCUGCUGAAGCCAAGAAGGCAGCCCCUGCUAAACCUGAGGCUGCUAAGCCCGAGGCACCAAAGCCAGCAGAAGCUAAGCCUGCUGAAGCCAAGCAGGCAGCCCCUGCUAAGCCUGAGGUACCUAAGCCAGCUGAGGCCAAACCUGCUGAAGCUAAGCCUGCUGAAACCAAACAAGCAGCUCCUGCUAAGCCUGAGGCACCUAAGCCUGCAGAAGCCAAGCCUGCUGAAGCCAAACAGGCUGCUCCUGCUAAGCCUGAGGCACCUAAGCCUGCAGAAGCCAAGCCUGUUGAAGCCAAACAGGCUGCUCCUGCUAAGCCCGAGGCACCCAAGCCAGCUGAAGCCAAGCCAGCUGAAGUCAAGCCAGUAGAAGUGAAGCCAGCUGAAGCCAAGCCAGCUGAAGCCAAGCCUCCCAGAGAAAAGAAGCCUUCGGAAUCGGAGAAGCCUCCGAGGGAGAAAAAGGUGUCCGAAUCCGAGAAGCCCAAGAGGGAGAAGAAACCUUCGGAGUCCGAGAAACAGAAGCGCGAGAAGAAGCCCUCGGAGUCCGAGAAGCCUCCCCGGGAAAAGAAGGCUUCGGAGUCCGAGAAGCCCAAGAGAGAGAAGAAGCCGUCCGAGUCCGAGAAGCCUCCGCGGGAGAAGAAGGCCUCGGAGUCCGAGAAGCCGAAGCGCGAGAAGAAGCCCUCGGAGUCCGAGAAGCCCAAGAAGGAGAAGCGGCUUUCAGAGUCCGACAAGGCCGGCAAGCCUCCCGCAGAGGCAGCGCCGAAGCCGGACGCCCCGAAGCCACCAGCAGCCCCCGCCAAGCCCGCGGAAGCCCCUGCUAAGCCUGAGGAGGCUCCCGCUAAGCCUGCCGAAGCCCCUGCUAAACAGGAAACCCCUGCUAAGCCUGCAGCAGCCCCCGCCAAGCCAGCGGAAGCCCCAGCCAAACCAGCAGAGGCCCCUGCUAAACAGGAAGCACCUGCUAAGCCUGCUGAAGCUCCUGCUAAACAGGAAGCCCCUGCUAAGCCAGCAUCAGCCCCUGCCAAGCCCACGGAGGCCCCCGCCAAACCAGCAGAAGCCCCUGCUAAGCCAGCAGCAGCCCCCGCCAAGCCCGCAGAGGCCCCCGCCAAACCAGUAGAAGCCGCAGCAAAGCCAGCAGAAACCCCCGCCAAGCCUGUGGAAGCCCCCAAGGCUCCCGAAGUCAAGCCGGAGCCCCAGCAGAAGCCCGCGGAAGCCCCCAAGGCCCCAGAGGCCAAGCCUGAGGCCCCCGCGAAGCCGGCUGAAGCCAAGCCAGCUGAGGUCAAGCCGGCCGGACCCCCUGCCCCCGCCCCUGCCGUCGCCCCCGCCAAGCCCGUCGCCGCCCCCGCUCCCGCCCCCGCCGCCGCCCCCGCUCCCGCCGCCGCCCCCGCUCCCGCCCCCGUCGCCGCCCCCGCCAAGCCUGUCGCCGCCCCCGCUCCCGCCCCCGUCGCCGCCCCCGCCAAGCCUGUCGCCGCCCCCGCUCCCGCCCCCGCCGCCGCCCCCGCUCCCGCCCCCGCCGCCGCCCCCACCCCCGUCGCCGCCCCCGCCAAGCCCGUCGCCGCCCCCGCUCCCGCCCCCGUCGCCGCCCCCGCCAAGCCCGCCGAGCCCACUCCCACGGCGCCCGCCCCCAACGUCGGCCCCGCCCUCAGCCCCGCCCUCGACCCCGCCCUCGGCCCGGCUACGGGCGGCGUCAAGCCCUCCACGUCGCCCCGCUUCGCCUCCACCUUCGUGCCGCCCCUGGGCCCCGCCCUCGCCUCCACGCUGCCGCCCGCGCCCGCAGAGUCGCCGCAGAAGGAGCCGUCCUCGCCCACGCUCAUGAACCUGCGCGUCAAGGUGGCUCCGCCCGCGCCCGCUGACGCCAAGGGCCCCGCCCAGGCCCAGCCGCCCGUGUUCCCCGGCUUCGGGCCCGUGCCGCAGCCGGCCCCCGGCCCCGCCCCCGGGCUGGCCCCCAGCUUCAUGCCCAGCCUCGGGCCCUCCAUGGGCCCCGCCCUCGGCGCCAUGAAGGGCUCCUCGCCGCCUCCGCCCGCGGGCUGCUCUCUAAGUAGCCAAGAAAGCAGCGACAGCGGCCGCGACAACCCCUUCCGGCCGGACGGCGACAUCUCGCGCGAGGCCGACGAGAUCGUGCAGCUGAUCAAGUCGGGGCGGCCGCUGCAGCAGCCGCCGGAGGACGCGCUGGACGGCACGGCGCCCCUGGAGGCGUCCUCGCCCGCCCACGACAAGGAGGUCGCCGCGGAGCCGCUCCUGCCGCGCCCCGACGCCCACCACCAGCCGCAGGCGCUGCACGCCACGCCCGCCAACGCCGCCCGCACCCACUCGCCCACCGCCGACGGCGCCUCCAAGGGCGGCGCGACGUCCCCCUCGGCGGGCGCGGCCUCGCCCUCCAAGGCGGGCGCCAACGGGUCGGCGGCGCCCGAGGCCUCGCCGGGCACCGUGGAGGUCACGCACGCCACCGUCACGCCCACCGACCCCGCCCACGUCGAGCACGUCGUCAUCAGGAAGAAAAGCAAGUGCAACUGCUGCGUCAUACAGUUGGAUAAAGGGAAGGGGGGGGGGAGGAGAGGAAGGGGAGGGGGGAGAGGGAGGAGAGGAAGGGAAGGGGGGAGGAGGGACGAGGGAAGGGGGGAGAGGGGAGGAAGGGGGUAGGUAGAUAGUUAAUUAAUCGAGGGAAGGAAAAAAGGAAGAUAGGGGGGGGGGGGGUGAGGAGGGCUUUCCUUCCAUCUUCUGGUUGUGACGCCGUUGCCUUUUUAGAAGAAAGUUGUUUUUUUUCUUGAUGAGGGUGGAAGGAAACAGUAAGAGAAGGAGAGGAGGGCGGCGUAGGAGACAGAGGAAAAGGAAGUGGGAGGAGGGAAAAGAGGGGUAAGGGAGUGGGAGGAGGAAGAGGAAGAGGAGGAGGAGGAGGAAAAUGCAGCAUACUCGGAAUCUCACUCACCCGAUUCGUAGAGAAACAGACAGACAGACAAAUAAACCUCAGCGCUGCAACUCAACUCGGUGCUAGCAAGGGGCAGACAGCACCCCCCCCCCCCCCAUGCCAUACCCAAACGCGUGCCCAUGGGUCGGUUCCUCCUCCUCUUUCCCUCUUUCUCAUCUCUUCCAAAAAAUGAGAGAAAUCGGAGAAAAUGUGAGAGCGAAAUAAAAUAUGCCGAUAGAUUGAUCACUUGGACUGAUAGAUGAUAUUGUCAAAUUAUUAUCACUGUUAUAAAUAUAUUUUUUUUUAAUCUUUGUUAUGUCUAUUAUUGUAAGUAACUUUAUUAUUGUCAUUAUACUUAUCACCACCAUCAUCAUCAUCAUCACCACCUUCAUAUUAUUACCAUUAUUAUGAUUAUUAUUAUUAUAUAUAUUUUUUUAUCAUUAGAAAUCUCAUUAUGUAAUUUGUUCCCCAAGACUAAAGAACAACUGACCUUCUGCCGAACGACCUUUCACAAACACCUUCACUCACUGACUCAUCGGAGCGAUAUUACUCACCAAUUACUCGUCAUGGGAAGGGAGGAGAAGGGGCGACUAAGGAAGGGAAUUGAGAAAGAGGGGGAGAGAGAGAGAGAGAGAGAAAUAGAAUCUGUAUUUCUUCGAAUUUUGAAUUGAAGAUCAAGGAGAGAGAUUGGUAUUAGCGUUGCAACACAGUUAUUCGUUAUUAUUUUUGUUAUUGUUAUUAUCAUUGUUAUUAUUAUUAUUAUUAUUAUUAUUAUUAUUAUUAUUAUUAUUGCUCUUAUUAUCGUCAUGAUUAUUGUUUGUUUUCACCUUCAUUUAUCACCAGCAUCUUCAUCGUCCUCAUCUCAAUUAUUUUAACUUUUUUAUGAAGUAGAAAAGAGAAAGUGAGAGAGAAAGACAGGAAGAUAAAAAGGAAAAAAAAAAUAGUCAUAGAAGAAAAAUGGAGAGGAAAAGAAAGAGAGGGAGAGAGAGAGAGAGAGAAAAGAAGAAGAAAAGGAAGAAAAUAGAUAACACAGUUUUGUGCUUUUAAGAUGUCUUAAAAAAUAUAAUAACACAAAAAGUGAAAAAAAAAAUGUGCUUGCAAACAGUGGA